AUUCCUUGGAUGACAGCUGAAAAGGAUGAUUGGAUCGAACGCAAUAUUGCUCCAUUCAUGUGGCUGAAUCAAGACUCGACCAGUGAUCACGAAGCUGCAGAAGCGAAAUCUAAAGCUGACAAGCCACCGACUCCUGAACAAAUGCAGAAAACUGCCAACGUUGUUCCCCAGAAGCCUAGAAUUGAAGAAGUACCUGUGUCUGCACCAUCAGCUGAUUCCACAGCUCUGACAAUAGAGAGUCAGAAGUCCUUGGACGAACUCCAGACUCCGUUGCUCGAAAGCAGCGAAAAGCAGGAUACGGUAGCACGAGGAGGCAAUGGCAAUGCCGGAGACAUUCUGCCGCGCAGUAUCCAAUCACCGUCGAUGUCGUCUACUGUUUCGAGCGAGGAGGAUGAUUCAAAUUCAAAGGGAAAGAAAAUGGGAGCAGCAAAGGCGAGGAUGUUCGACUUUAGGAAGAAAGUGGGAGAGAAGUUUGAAGAGAAGAAACGUCACGUGGAGGAAAGAAGUAGACAGAUUGUUGAAAAGAUGAGAGGACCUUGACACAGAUUGUUCAAACCAAGAAGAAGGAAGCUUUUUUUUCCUUUUUUUUUUUUUUUUUUUCAGGUUUCAGCCAAAAAAAAAACUGAUAAGACAGAAGAAGAAAGCUAGUAGAUUAGAUUAUAUAGGAUAUUGGUACUUGUAAUAUGUUUGGUAAAAAGAUCCGAGUAUUGCGAAAUCAUUCUUUAUUCUUAUUAUUACAACAAACAAAGAGUAGCAGCAAAACAAAGUAUCUAUGCAAAGUGAUUUCAUU